CGCAAACACGUUUGAGACCAAGAGGAAAGUAGGGAACCAACUUCGCUAACUUGCAGUGGCAAUGGGGGACAUGAAGACCCCAGACUUUGAUGAUUUGUUGGCAGCUUUUGACAUUCCUGACAUUGAUGCCAAAGAGGCCAUUCAGUCUAGUCCAGAGGAUGAACGGGAUGAGGCCCGGACUAAUGCGCAUGGGAGAGAGAGUGGAUCCCCUUCAAGCUUUACCGGCCCUCCUGCCCCUCAAAGUGAACCUCCUGUGGUCAGCGUUAUUGUGAAGAACACAGUGCGAUCAGAGUCUUUUGAAGAGGAGGCAAAGUCUGUCAGGGAUAAAACAAACAAUCCUUCAAGCAGUGCCUUAGCCUCUCCAGUACGGGUUAAAUUGGAUGACCUCACCUCCGAGCUUUGUCCCAGACUACCUACUGAGGCUGCCGUGGAGGCCGAGACAACCAGUGGCUUUGAGGAAUCUCCCUCCAGCCAGCAGAGACAGUCUAGCACAGAAACAUGGCCCCAGGUUUCACCUUUGAAGUCCACACUGAGUGAAAAUGAGAGUGAAAGUGAUAAAGGACCCGAGCCUGGAUCUUCCCAGCAUGCAUCUGAUGUUAUGAACAGUUUAAGGCCCCUGCUACACCCCAAGUCGCCAACCACUGGUGUUUCCACCCCACCAUCUCCUUCGUUCCCAGCCUCUGUGAGCGAUCACUUUUCUCCUCACUCCCCUCAGCAGGGUGGAACCUGCCUCCAAGAUAAUACACUAUCACCCCCAUUACUACAAAAUGAUAGCAUGAAAACUGGAAUCAAGCAAGUUAUGCACACAGAUGACGAUGACUCAGAAUCAGAGCUGGUGAUCCAGGAAUGCCCAGAAUCCAUAAUGUCUCACCCUCCUAAGUUUAAACACAGAGCAAAAUUACCACCUGCGCUUCUUGGGUCUCCUGAAACUACUGCUAGUCUUGUUCCUCCUGAACUCCCUUUUUCCACAAAACCCCAAUACGAGGAGGAUGGCCUACCUACCACACCAACCUCUCCAGCCUCAGCUCAUCAAACACAGAGUCCCCAGGACUGCCUCCCUCCUGUCAGCACCAGCUCUGCAUCAGUCCAAGAAGAGAAAUACCCAGAGCAUGUGAUUGAUGAGAGGGAGUCACCUGAGAGCCCACCACCCAGCGAGACAGGUCUUUUAGUCCAAAAUAGAAGCAGUAGUCCUGAUUUGGGCUCAACACCAACUUUAGCUGCGAACCACGAGGAAUUCCAUCACCAGGAGGAGCUCAUGGAGAGUGAGGACUGUCAAGAGGAUAAGCCGGGUGACGGUGAAGAGAUGAGUAAAAAGGCAGACGGCGAUGGGGAAAAUUUAAACACGGAAAAGUGUGAUGCUGACACUGAGGAUGCUGCAAGUGCCGCGGAGACGGUUUCAUCUCCACUGCGACCACUCAAAGUUAAAAUCAAAAUGCCUACAGGCAGCAUCACAAGGACUGUCACUGGUGUGGCACCUAAAAGAAGUGGAAGAGCCAGUAGCAAGGGCGUGACUGGGUCAAAACCAUCACCGCAACGUCAUAGCACAAGAUCCAAAAGAGAACUGCUGCCGGAAACUCCUCUGACUGCAGUGGAGAUGCUGCAGGAUGCCUGUGCUGCAACACUAGAAGGCUCGAGUACAGUUAGGGAGAAAACCACAGCUGACACCAGGUCUAAAGUUUCCCCCACAGCAGUGAGCAUCACAAAAACUGCAGCACUGCCCUCCGUUGCUACCUCCUCCUCCAGAGUCAGCCCAACUACAAGCAACCUGCGCAGCCUGGGCCAAAAGACACUCAACAGUGGGAUGACACUGCCUGCUUCUUUACCUCUGCUCCCUCCUCAAACCAGCAGCAGGCCAGCAUCUAUAGUCAACAGCACUGGGGCCAUCAUAUCAAAGAGCCAGACCAACUUAGUGGAAGCUUUCAACAAAAUCCUGAAUAGCAAGAACCUGCUGCCCAGUUAUAAGCCAAAUCUGAGCUCCCCUAUUCCUGCGGAGUGGGGCAUUUCUCUACCAGCACAGGGUUACCGCUGUCUGGAGUGCGGCGAUUCCUUCGCCCUGGAGCAGAGUUUGGCGCAGCACUACGAUCGGCGCUCGCUCAGGAUUGAGGUGACCUGCAAUCACUGCGCCAAACGGCUGGCCUUCUUCAACAAGUGCAGCCUGCUCUUACAUGCCAGAGAGCACAAGGACAGAGGCCUGAUCAUGCAGUGUUCACACUUGGUCAUGAAACCAGUGCCAGUGGAGCAGAUGAUCAGCCAGCAGGAACCAUCAGCAGCCAGCCAGGCCAACUCAAAGGCACCACCUCAGACACAUCACGCUGUAGCUAAGAAAGCAGAAACACUGCAGUACACAAGUAACAAAUGUCCUGAGUGUCAGGCUCAGUUCUGCAGUAAAGAAGAUUUGUCUGAACAUUUCCAAGAAAUCAAGUCAGCGCAGAGCACCCCAUGCUCUGAGUGCUCUCCUCCCAUGCUGCUGCCCAACAGCUGCAGCGCAGCAGCUCAUCAGCGCAUCCAUCAAAACUCUUCUCCACAUGUGUGUCCAGAGUGCGGGGGCACAGCCAAGCCGACACAGUUCAAAACACAUCUGGAUGAGACCUGUUUGCACUUUUCCCGCCGCAUUGGCUACAGAUGUUCUAGCUGCCUGGUGGUGUUUGGCGGGCUGAACUCGGUGAAGUCUCACAUCCAGCAGGCUCACUGUGAUAUGUUCCACAAGUGCCCCAGCUGCCCCAUGGCUUUCAAGUCUGGCCCCAGCAUACAGAACCACAUUACUGCCCAGCAUCCGGGGCUCACUGAAGGACACCCGAUGCUGAUCUAUAAGUGCGUCAUGUGCGACACAGUUUUUACACACAAGCCCCUGCUGCACGCCCACUUUGACACUCAUUUAACCAAUCAGAAGGUGCAUGUGUUUAAGUGCCCCGAGUGCACCAAGCUGUUUUCUCAGAGGAAUUCCCUGCUGGACCAUUUCAAGACCCACAAGACCUCCACAUUAAAAGCAGAGCUACCUUCACUUCCAGGUACUGCUUCUCUGAAAUUAGAGAGCUCUGAUGGAGAUGAAAAGAUGCGUAAAGAGAGAGAAGAGAAAGUGAAGACAGAAAGGAUGAAGACCCCCUCAGGGUGGAAGUGUUCAUCUUGCAACACAUGCUACACAGACCGGGAGCAGUAUAUUACACAUAUGAGUGACCGGCAUGGCAAGAUUUUGAAGAAGUUUCCCUGUAACAAAUGCGAGAGCUCCUUCACCACCACCUCCAGUCUGAGGCGUCACAUCAGAGAUAAACACAAAGCCAUGAACCGCAGCUUUCGCUGCCAGUUUUGCACUGAGGGUAAGAAAACCUUCAGCAGCAGAGCGAUGUUGGAGAGGCACCUUCAGCUGAGGCACAGCACGGAAACUGCGAGCCAGAAAACGAUGAUGAGAGGCGGAGAUGAGGCUGACAGUUCAUCGGAACAGGACAGCGGAUUGGGGGCUCGCAAGAGACGGAGAGGAACCGUGAAGGUGGAGCAGGAUGAAGAGUCCGCAGAUAGGAUUAGUCCAGUGAAGAAGCUACAGUCCUACGCUUCCUCCCCCUCCUCAGCUCUCGCGCCUUCCUCUCUUCCUGAGUCUGGGUUUCGUUGUGCCGUCUGCAGCUUCACCUCAGAGGACCAGGCGGCGUUCCUGGAGCACAUCAGCCAGCACAGGCGCGGAGGGACAGAGGAUGGCACCCUGCAGUGCCUGCAGUGUGGCGCCUGCUUCACAUCCACCUUCUCACUGUCACGCCAUCGCUUCAUCACCCACAAAGUGAGACAUGUGCUCACUGACAACCAGCAGGCCCCCGGUGCGCACCCAGCACCCUCCCUUGGAAAUAGUAGACACCACGAGGAUAAGAGUUCUCUGAAUGGUUCUGCACCAGCAUCGCCCUCCACUCAACCCUCCACAGGAGAGGGGAAAGAAGAGGAGGGAGCACUGGCCUGUAAGGUGUGUGGUAAACAUUUUGAAAAGGUCACAGAUCUCAAUACACACUUCAGAACUCAUGGUAUGGCUUUUAUCAGUGCGAGGAACGCAGGAAAAACGACCUAAGAUAGCAAACACGAGGAAAAUAUGGUGAUUAAAAGUACUUCUAAGUGCCUUUCUGUUAUUGAAUUCCUGUUAAAGUCUGGGUUCCUGUCUGACGCACUGAUUUUACCAAAGACUGACAAUUUAGUCUGAAAGCAUUGUGAAACAUUCAGAUGUGAUUCUCAUUGUUCCAGACAAGCCUUAACCUCGUGACACUCAGGAUCUAAUGCUGCGUUUCCGUGUUCAGUAAUGUAAUGCUAAUGAGAUUAGAGCAGUCUGCCUUCUUCACAAUCAUGUGCCUGCAGAGGAUGGUGAAUGCUGUAUCUAACUGUGCUGUGAUAACAAUGGCUGUUUAAUGAAUGUUCAUAAACAGUGAGUGAAUGCGCUUGUUUUGAUUUCAAUAUUUUUAUCCUACUGUGGAAGUUCUUCUUCUGUAAAGUCUUUUUUUUUUUUUGUGUGUACAUAUUUUUAGAAAACUGUUGCAGUGAUUUAGAUUGAGUUUCUUUGAAUUUAUUUCCAGUCAUUCUCCAAAAUAUGCUGUCAGUUUCAUUUCAUUCCCAGCUUAAACUGCAGCCGCUGGCUUCUGUACGUUUUAGUUUCAGUUUACAGAUACUUGAAUUUUGCUUUCCUUGGGUGUUUUAACUGACUGAGCUGGAAUGGAAAAGUACACAUCUGUACUUUUAGAAGAUUCCCCCUGAAUUUUGCUUUGAGUCAUUCUGCUGAAACCUUAAUAGUUUUGACUGACUUUGGAAUAUAUGAAUGCAUACAGUGGAGUCAUGGCAGCGUCUUCACUGCCAGCAGCAGCAAUAAUUGCAGUGACCGAUACUUCUUUAAUGCACAUAUUGGUGCAUUGGAAUUGGUUUAAGUGAAUUAUUAUAUUAAUUAAAAUGAGAUAAUAUAAAUGUAUACCUAAAGACUGGAUAUGUUUACCGUUACUGAUGUCAACCUUUGAGUCCCUGCACAUUUAGAUGCAUGUAACACUGAAGUGAAUGUGGACCAAACAUUUCUGGAGUUCAAUCUAAAAACUCUGUGCUUUGGAAAAUGCUAAGCAAUAAUCUGACAUGUAGACACACUAUUUGUAGGGGUGCAGCUUUCAAAUGCAUUGAAAUGAAUAUUUAAUAGCUUAUAAAUUGAAUGCACUGUAUUUAUAUCAGGUUCAGUAAUUUAUUCCUUCACAGUGAGCAAGAGAUGGAAGUAAAAUUGUUUUUGGUAUGCGGGCCAUAUGUUUACCUAAAUAUUGCUUUAUGGAAUUACUGUAAACAGAAGAUCAGUGUGUAUGUAUUUUGUCCAAAAUCUUUGGAAAUGCUAAAGAUUAAAAAAAAUAUAUAUAUUGUUCCCCAUAACUGACUACGUGUUCUGUCAUUGUUCUCUCACCUGUAGGUGUCGACUGAGCAUCCACAUCAGUACAGAGAA